UUCUGUUUGUGGGAACGUCGAAGGGACAUUGGCACUUGGUGAUGCCAGGUCAUCUCGUGACGACGACAAACUUGGUGUCACGGUAGCACUUGGUGUUUCAAAAAUAUCCGUAGGACUUAAUGCCGAAGUUCUGUUUGUGGGAACGUCGAAGGGACAUUGGCACUUGGACUUAAUGCCGAAGUUCUGUUUGAGCUCACGGAUGAGAGCUAACCGACAUCAACAAGUGACCGUGGAAGGAAUCGAUUUAGCAUUGGAAGUUUCUUUGCCAAACGAAUCCCACUAUUCUCUUUUGUGUUACCCUGGAGGCGCAAUGUCAGGGCCUUAUUUGCGCAAACUUCCAUUGAUGAUGAAAACCGGUGGACAUCGUCCUAAAAACUAA